GGACGGGGCACGGCUCUAAGAGCCAAUGACGUCAGUAUCAGACAGCGGCGGUGUAUGGGCAGGACCAGCGAGACCAGAGAAGUCAGCAACGAUGGUUCUCAUCAAGGAAUACCGAGUGGUUUUACCCUGUAGCGUUGAGGAGUAUCAAGUUGGCCAGCUGUUUUCUGUGGCAGAAGCAAGUAAAAAUGAAACAGGUGGCGGUGAAGGCAUAGAAGUACUGAAGAAUGAACCUUAUGAGAAGGAUGGAGAGAAAGGGCAGUAUACACACAAAAUUUACCAUCUAAAGAGUAAAGUCCCAGGUUUUGUCAGACUCAUUGCCCCUGAAGGCUCCUUGGUAUUCCAUGAAAAAGCUUGGAAUGCCUACCCCUACUGCAGAACCAUUGUGACGAAUGAAUAUAUGAAAGACAGUUUCUUCAUUAAAAUUGAGACAUGGCACAAACCCGACAUGGGAGAGCAGGAAAAUGUGCAUAAACUUGACAACUCAAAAUGGCAGAAUGUAACCGUUGUUCCCAUCGACAUUGCAGACAGAAGCCAAGUGUCUGCUGCUGACUACAAGCCUGAUGAAGACCCAGCCAUAUUCAAGUCGGUUAAAACUGCCAGAGGACCCCUGGGGCCAACCUGGAAGAAAGAGCUGCCGAGUAAAAGUGACUGCCCAAAGAUGUGCGCCUACAAACUAGUCACAGUCAAGUUUAAGUGGUGGGGGCUGCAAACCAAAGUGGAGAACUUCAUCCAUGAGCAAGAGAAACGGAUCUUCACCAACUUCCAUCGCCAGCUCUUCUGUUGGAUUGAUAAGUGGGUGGAGCUGAAUAUGGAUGACAUCCGGCGAAUGGAGGCAGAGACUCAGAGGGAGCUCGAAGAGAUUCGAAACAAGGGUUCAGUACGAGGUACACUGGCUGCAGAGGGGUAGCAGGCCAGGUUUAGGUCUAUGUGUUGCUUUGCAAGCUGUUGCUGGUGCAGCUUCGCAAAAAGGGUGAAGUACGGGGAACCAGUGCUGCAGACGAAUGAAAAGGAACAGGAUUAAAAAUGGCCGCAGUGCGUGAUGGUGUCUGCUAAAAAUGCUCCUUUGUUUGCCACUUUUUACCUUAACUGAUUUGGGCUGCGGAGGAAGGAGCACAGCUGCCUGCGAUUGAUACUCAAGGUCCCUGACUUGACCUCAAUUAUAGACAUUCUGUCCACUGAAGAAUUAGUUUUGUUUGGUGUUCUUUUUUUUUAUGUCACUUACACACACGAUCCUUGCUGAUAAGAGUGCUUAUUUUUGAUCAUCUUGGCCAUUCAUGUAAAUAAGACUUGGAAAAAGUGUGUGAGGGUAUGUGCCGUCUGAAUUAUUACAGAAGGAAAUAACCAAUCCUAGUCCCACGCCAGAAGGACCAAAAAUGUCCGACUGUAAUUUAUAUACAUUUUUCACAUUCCUUUCAAGCUGAUGUCGGGUUUUACCCUUUGCUAUCCUAACUGUAAACUGUGUUUUCAAUUUGUCAAACUUCUGUUUCUACCUGCCUCAGCCUCCAUUAAGUGAUUACUAACGCCCUCUGCGCCCAUGCCCAUAACAACCCCCGCUCACCCAACUCCUGCCCCACCUUAACCAAAGCACUGCAUCUUAUUAUCACUGACAAUCAUGCCCGUACAGGUGUUCUCUCUCUCUACUGUUCAGACCUGGUGGGGAAACGCGCACACCAGUGACGCAUGCAUCAGAACCUGAGGAUGAACAUGUGAAUUCACUCUUGAAGGUGUGUGAACAGGCACAGGUGUGGAUACCUUUGCACUGACUGAUCUGUUACAAGCUCAAGCUGGGCAGAUCCACACAAGCUCGUUCACCUAAAAGAUGUUAACACCCCCCCCUCCAUGCUCUCUAUUCUAAAGACAUUUGUACAUAACACACAGUACAGCGUUCAUCCCCUUUAACAGAUGUCCCUAGAGGAAAAAGUGCACUGAAAAACAGCUACAGAUGGUGCUGCACCCCUCCAGCCAAACUUCGCUGCGUUGAACCGGCUCACGUCCAAAGGCCAGCUUUGCUCAUCUGGUUUCCUGAGGAGAGUUUUCCCCCCCCCCACUUUUCACUCUCCAGUUUCAAAGCAGCCAUGUUUACAGGUUCACAGUUGGUUUAUUUGUACCCAGUCAACACCAACACCAAUCUUUUAUAUUUAACACCUCUCAGCUCUGCCAGCUAGUGCUAGCUACCUCUUGUUUUCUAACUGGCAGCUUUCCUGAUUCCUAAGGAUUACCAUUAGCCUUACCAUUUGCUGCUGCUGCUUCCUGGGACAGAAAUCUUAGCAGAUAGUGCUUUAUGAGUGACAGUAUUUCUGAUUAAUCUGGUUUUUGGAGGAGCUGCAGGUUUUGCAUGCCGUACAGCUAAGUAAAUGGGGUUGCUUUAACAUGUACAAGAAAUGCAGCCUGUGUUCUUUGCUGCACCAAGAUGCUGCAGAUUUCCACGUCAUGUUGAGCUGAUUCACCAUAUUAGAUUUCAUAAUCACAUUUUCUCUUUAGACUUUGAAACCUCAUGGAAUAAGCCUAGUGUGGUUGUUGUUACAUGAAUGACAUGAACUUUUACUCAUUUGAUCCCUGCUGAGUUUUACGUUCUAGUUGUUGUGUUUAAUCAUAGUUUCUUUACAGAAAUCUCUAUUUUUACCAAGGAGAAUGGAAAUGACCUAUUUUUUUUAUUCCAAUCGUCUGACUGUAAAGUUAACAUUUUCUGUCCAAAGAGUCAAGUUGCAGAUUUGUCAUGUUUACAUGUUUUCCAAUCAUCAUAGGAAAUCGAAAGCUAAUAAAUGAUAUAUUCUCAGGUGAAUGAUAUGGGUCAGAGCUUUAACCGACUGUUGCUCCCGCCUCCAAAUUAAAUGAGAAAAUAAUUAACUCUUGUAAUAUGAUGCUGAUAGGUCAGAGUUACGACAAUCUCAACAUGCAUAGCUUUUUCUUUUAGAGAGCAAAAAACUGCAGUGGAUAUUUGGUGGCACUGUGCAUUAUAAACCUAUUGUUACCGAAUAUAUCAGAAUGGGUUUGGAAGAGUUAGCGGGAGAUGUAUGUUUUCCAGAACUUUAAGGACUGUCAAGAUGACUGAAGAAUAUUUUGAAGGAACUGUAUCUUAUGUAUGAAACACACAACACCUUAAGGCUUUUUAAUGGUUUUGAUCAGAUAGUGAAAAUCAGGGGUUAUGAUGGUGACUAUAUGAACUAUUGUGCCUUUAUUUUUUUCUAGAAAUCUCUUGUAUGACAUAUGCAUAUUGUAUUUCCAGUUAUCAAUAAAUUGUCACUAAAUUAUA